AAAAACCUAAUUAUUUUGUCAAGGAACUUUCAGAUCUAAAAGUCAAUGAAAGCGGCACUGCCGUUUUUGUGUGCAAGAGUGAGAAAGCUGCAUCCUCCGUAGUCUGGAGGAAAGGCAUCGCUGAACUCAGGGCUGGCAGGAAAUACGAGAUGACGCAGGAAGGACAAGUCCUCCAGCUGACCAUAAAUAACUUGGAGAAGAGUGACAGUGACACUUACAGCUGCGACAUUGGCGAUGCCCAGUCCAGAGCCAAGCUCGUCGUGCAAGGCCAGAAAGUGCUAAUAACUGAAGACCUGGAAGAUGUCACUGUGUUAGAAGGAGAAUCUGCCAUGUUCAGAUGCAGAAUCUCUCCUGUAGACUAUAGCAAAGUGCAGUGGUUUUUGGAUAAAACCCCACUCCAUACCAAUGAACUUAAUGACAUCCAGUCCCAGCCUGGUGGAUAUCACUUGCUAACGUUGAAAAAGCUCUCACUGAAGGACUCGGGGGUCAUUACAUUUGAAGCUGGUGAUAAGAAAACAUCUGCCAGUUUGGUUGUUAAAGAAAAGCCCUGCAUCUUCACAAAGGAGCUGGUUGAUACGGAAGUCACUGAGGGAGAGGAUGUGAUCCUUCACUGUGAAACCUCCAAAUCAGACAGCCCUGUAAAGUGGUGCAAGGACGGGAAGAGCCUUAGAAAUUCUUCCAAGUAUAACAUCAGCCGGUCGGGAUUUGAAGCCCAGCUUGUCAUUCACAGGGCAGAAGAAGGAGACAGUGGCAGAUAUGAGUGUGAGGCUGGAGCAGCUAAAAGUAGUGCUGUUAUUACUGUCAAGGAAAUGCCGGUUCUUUUCAAGCAAGAGCUCCAAAAUGAAGAAGCUAAAGAAGGUAAACAAGUCAGGCUGACCUGUGAGCUCAGCAAACCGGGUGCCCCGGUGAAAUGGAUGAAAGGCAACACUGUCCUCUAUGCCAGCGAGAAAUAUGAAUUAAAGCAGCACGGUACUGUGGCAGAGCUCAUUAUUCGAGAUGUCAAGUCCAUAGACUCUGGGGACUACACUUGCACCGCUGGGGAAAUGAAGACCACUGCUCAGGUGAAAGUAAAUGCUGUGCCUGUUCUUUUUAAACAAGCCCUGGAGAACACGGAAAUGGAAGCGGGGAAAUCUGUCUCCUUGCGCUGCGAACUCACAAAAGCCGACACCACCGUGGUGUGGAAGAAGGGAGAAGCCACACUCCAGGCAAGUGCCAAAUAUGAAAUGAAGCAGAAGGGGACAGUGGCAGAGCUGGUGAUUCAUAAUGCAGAGCCAGAAGAUGCGGGAAGAUACACCUGUGACACUGGAGACCAGCAGACCACAGCCCAAGUCCAAAUCCAUGCCGUCUCAGCACUCAUCACAAAGGAGCUGAAGAGCGUGGAAGCUGUUGAAGGUGGGACAGCCACCCUGCGAUGCCAGCUGAGCAAAGAGGUCACCGUGGAGUGGAGGAAGGGACACGUUCUUCUCCGGCCAAGUAACAAGUACAGGAUGAGGCAGGAGGGCACAGCGGCUGAGCUGCUGAUCCAUGACCUGGACCUAAAGGAUGCUGGAGAUUAUACAUGUGUAGUGGGGAGCCAAAAAACCACAGCAGCCUUGUCAGUCAAUGCCCUGCCAGUCCGUUUCAAGAAGGAGCUGAGGAACGAGGAAGCCACCGAGAGCGGGACGGCCACGCUGCAGUGCGAGCUGAGCCGGGCCGUGGGCUCGGUCGAGUGGAGGAAGGACGGGAAGGUGCUGGGGCCAAAUGGCAAAUACAAAAUGAGGCAGGAAGGGCGUUUUGUUGAGCUGGUGAUCCAAGACCUGGACUUGACGGAUGCCGGGAGCUAUAGCUGCGUGUGCGGAGACCAGAAGACAACAGCUGCUUUGAGAGUGAAUGCCUUGCCUAUCCUCUUCCAAGAAGAAAUGUUGAACAAAGAAGCGACAGAGGGGCAGGCAGUCACUUUGCACUGUAAACUGAGCAAAUCUGCCCCAGUGGAGUGGAGAAAGGGGAAUAUGGUCCUCAAGCCAAGUGAAAAAUACAAACUAGAGCAGGAAGGUCCCUGUGCGGAGCUGACAAUCCGGGAUUUGGAUUUGGUGGACGCUGGUGAUUACAGCUGUGUGUGCGGAGAUCAACGGACUACGGCUGCUUUGACAGUAAACGUCCUGCCUGCUCUUUUCACCAAAGAACUGACAGAUGUAGAAGCCAUGGAAGGGAAAAGCGUCUCUCUGCACUGUGAGCUGAACAAGGCUUCUGCUAGCGUGGAGUGGAAGAAGGGCUUCAAGACCCUCAAACCAAGUGACAAGUACAAAAUGAGACGCCAAGGUGUCAUUGCUGAGCUCAUCAUCCAAAAUCUAGACACGAUGGAUGCUGGGAACUAUUCCUGCGUGUGUGGAGACCAGCAGACUGUGGCGGUUUUAACAGUACAUGCUUUGCCUGCGUUUUUCAAAGAAGGGUUGAAGAACAGAGAAGCCACGGAUGGCGCAACAGCCACCCUGCACUGCGAGCUGAGCAAGGUCGGUGUCCCCGUGGAGUGGAAAAAAGGGGACAAGACACUCAAACCGAGUGAGAAGUACAGGAUGAGACAAGAAGAUACCGCUGCAGAGCUGUUGAUCCGAAAUCUGGAGGUAGAAGAUACAGGAGAAUAUACCUGUGUGUGUGGAGAUCAGAAGACCUCAGCGGUCUUGACAGUCCACGCUUUGCCUGCACUGUUCAAAACAGAACUUGUCGAUGUGGAAGCCACCGAAAGCGGGACGGCUGUUCUGCAGUGUGAGGUAACUAAACCCACUCCGGUGGAGUGGAGGAAGGGGCAAAAGGCGCUCAAGCCUAGCGAGAAGUACAAAAUGAGGCUGAAGGACACCAUUGCUGAGCUGACGGUCCAUAGCCUGGAGGAGCGAGAUGCGGGAGAUUACACGUGCGUGUGUGGAGACAAGACAACCACUGCAUCCCUCACAGUGCAUGCCCUUCCUCCGCAUUUUAAAAAAGAGUUGAAGAAUGUGGAAGCCACAGAAAAGGGCACGGCUGCUUUCUGCUGCGAAUUGAACAAGGUCUCAGCUGCCGUGGAGUGGAGGAAAGGAGACCGAGCCCUGGAGCCAAGCAACAAAUUCACCAUGAGAUGCGAGGGCACAACUGCCGAGCUGGUGAUCCGUGACUUAGAUCUGACAGAUGCUGGAGAUUACACAUGCUGUUAUGGAGAUCAGAAAACCACUGCUGCACUAAAAGUGAAUGCCUUGCCUGCGCACUUCAAGAAGGAGAUGAGGAAUGAAGAAGCCACGGAAGGUGGAACAGCCAUGCUGCAAUGCGAGCUGUCUAGGGCUGCCUCUGUGGAGUGGAAAAAGAAGCACAAGGUGCUCAAAUCAAGUGAAAAAUACGCUAUGAGGCAGGAAGGUACCACAGCACAACUGCUGAUCCAUGCUUUAGAAGUCAAGGAUGCUGGGGAAUACACCUGUGUGUGUGGAGCCGAGAAGACGACUGCGGCACUGACAGUGCACG